AGUUUCACACACAGCCACAGAGAGAGAGAGAAGGAGCAGAAGAGGAGAUUAUUGUACCUUUCCUUCAGCAUGGCGCUACGGGAUGAGCUGCUCAGGUCCAUCUGGCACGCGUUCACAGCUCUGGAUGUGGACAAAAGCGGGAAAGUGUCCAAAUCUCAGCUGAAGGUGCUGUCCCACAACCUGUGCACAGUGCUGAAGAUCCCACACGACCCCGUGGCGCUGGAGGAACAUUUUAAAGACGAUGACGAGGGUCCCGUCUCCACCCAGGGUUACAUGCCCUACCUAAACAAGUUCAUCCUGGAUAAGGCGACGGGGAGCUUCGACCGCCAGGACUUCAAUAGGAUGUGCUGGCUGCUUUGCUCGAGGAAGAACCUGGAUCGGAGUCAGCUGCUCAUCUCCAACGACGACGCCUUCAAGGUCUGGUGCAUCUUCAACUUCCUGUCGGAGGACCGAUACCCGCUGAUCAUCGUCACUGAGGAGAUCGAGUACUUCCUGCGUAAGCUGACGGAGGCGAUGGGCGGCAGCUGGGUGGAGGAGCGCUUCGAGGACUACAAGGUGCAGCUGAGCGUGAGGCAGCAGAGUCUGAACGCCUGGGAGCUCAUCCUGCUGGUGGGCUCCGGGCAGUUCAUCAAGGGCAUGGACCGCCAGACGCUCUCCAUGGGCAUCGCCGAGGUCUACCAGGAGCUCAUCAUGGACGUGCUCAAACAGGGCUACAUGAUGAAGAAAGGCCACAAGAGGAAGAACUGGACGGAGCGCUGGUUCAUGCUGAAGCUCAACUCCAUCUCUUACUUUGUCGGCGAGGACCUGGCGGAAAAAAAGGGAGACAUUUUACUGGACGGAUACUGCAGUGUGGAGCCGUUACAAGAUAAAGAAGGAAAGAAGUGUCUCUUUCUCAUCAAGUUGUCAAAUAAAAGCUUUGAAAUCAGUGCGUCGGACAAGAAGAAGAAGCAGGAGUGGAUCCAGGCCAUUCAGAACUGUGUGAGUCUGCUGCGUCAGGGCCGGCCCACGCCGCACUGCGAGGCUCGGCAGAAGCGGCGGGAGAUUCGUCUGAAGCUGCAGGCGGAGCAGGAGGAUCUGCAGCUCAGGAUGUCCGAGCUGCAGACGGCCAACGAGGUCAAACAGCUGGAGCUGGAGAACAUGAGGAAGGCUCUGGAGGAGGCGGCGGAUAAAGCAGCAGAAGAAGAACGAAAGCGUCUUCAGACUCAGACUGAACUCCAGGACCGCUACAUCGUGGACAUAGAGAGAGAGAAAAUAGUCCGGCAGCAGAUGGAGGAGCAGGUGGCGCAGAAGUCCGAGGAGCUGGAGCAGUACCUGCAGCGGGUCAAAGAGAUGGAGGGCAUGUACUGCCAGCUGGAGGACGCUCUGGAGGACGAGAGGAGAGCGCGGCAGGACGAGGAGGCCGUCCGCAGGCUGCAGGCACGGUUGCUGGAGGAGGAGGCCGUAAAGAGGGCGGAGCUGGAGGAGUUUCACCUGCAGCAGCAGCGCGCCAUCGCAGAGACGAAGGCUGAGAAGCAGGAGCUGGAGAGGGAGCGUCUGAUCAAAGAGAAGGAGCUGCAGGCGGCCAUGAAGCAGCUGGACCAGCUGGAGGAGGACAGGCAGGGCGCGCUGGAGCAGUACCAGGCGGUGAUGAGGAAGCUGGAAGACGCAGCCAACAACACAAAGACCUGGAAGCACAAGGUGGCCGAACAAGAGGGCAUGCUACGGCUCAUCCAACCAGGUUCCAAGGGCCAGCAGAUGAUCACAAACUGGGGCCCCGCAGCCUUUUCUGACGCAGAGUUCAGUCAUAGGCAGAAGAAAUGGCAGGAGACGAAGAACGAGGAGACCCAGGCCCAGUAGAGCCGGACUGCAAACAUGUCUAAUAAUCACAAGGGAAGAAGAGAGGGCUGCUGGGAUAUACGGUCUGUGAUACAAUGUGUUUAAGUAACGACUGGAAGACAGAGUUCUCUGAUGACUGGGUUUUAAGUGGAAUCGAAAUUCAAGAUUUACCAAGGUGAUACGAGGCAUUUUAUGAUUAGGGGGCAUUCAGUAAUACAAUACUUUAUCCCUUUUAUAAUCUUUACUGAGAACCAGCACAUGCUUUUGAACAAGUCUGUCGUACAUUAAAUUAAAGGAGCAAAACAGAAAGUCAAGUCACAUUUUCACAAAAUGAAAGCUCCCUUUUUAGCUUUGUUGUCAAAUGUAUUGAUCACCAUGCCACUUGCUUGGUCUUUUUAUAAUUGAGCAGCUUACAAUGUAAAGUGGUAGUGUGUUUGAAGUCCACUGAGUGGGAACUACAGGAUGUAAGAUAUUUAUAAAGUUUGAAGAGCACAUUG